GUUUGUUUACAAAUUGAAUUGAACUUUGAUUGCGACUUUUGUUAAUUGUGUCACAAUUUAAAUGGAUGAAAGUGAUUUAGUUAAUGAUCUGUUUAAAACCAUAUUAGAAAAUCCAUCUGCUUUCAUUGUGGACCAACAGAAAGAUGCUCCUGAAUUGUUGUACAACCAAAGACUUGAAAUAUUAUCUCAAUUGUAUGAGGAAAAAAAAUUGUCAUUUCUGAUUAGAUACAAUCAAUUUCUUUCCAAAUCUCAACUUGAAUUUAUUCGUGAUUCAUUAUCUCACCUGGACAAGGACGAUGAAAUUCUCUAUUAUCUAGAGAAAUUAAUUCCAAGUAAAAAUGUUAACCUGAUCAAACAGCGGCGAUAUUCAGCUUUACAAUCACUGAUUGAGGAAGGAAAAUAUUUCAACGAUAAUAAUAUGAGAGAGAGAAAUCCUCAUCUCUAUGAACAAAUGAUUGGAAGAUAUUUGUCCUCGAAGGAAUUAAGUAGCAUCGAAGACCAGGAUCGAGAAGAAAGUGAAAUACAACGACCAUUGUCAACUUUUCUCCUUCGACAAAUGGACAAAAAUCGCCAAGAAGAAUCAAGGCUUGAACAGAGAACCGAAGAUGGAGAUGAUCAGAGUAAUGAUGACGACGGUUUUUUCAAGAGAAUUCAAAGUUACAAUAGAAAAGAAGAUGGACAAAUUCAAGAAGAAGAGGAAGAAGAGGAAGAGGAAGACAGUGAUGACGAAACUAAAGAAACCAAACAAUCACAGAGAGAAGAAGACGAAGAGAGGAAAGAAUUACUGAGAAAAGAAUUUACCAAUUUAAUGUAUGAAUCUUUUCUCGCCGGUAAAGAUGAUAAAUUCGAUUAUGGAACAGUUGAUUCAAAUUCUAAAUAUGAUCCAAUCAAUUUGAUAAAUCGCGAUGCUGAAGAUUCUUGGUUCGAUUCAGAGGAACCAGAUUAAUGACGAUUCCAUAAAACCAGAGAGAGAGAGAGAGAAAGAGAGAUGAACAGAAAAUGGACAAAAGUGAAUUUUUGUAAAAUAUCAUUUAAAUUGAUACAAAUGAUUUUUCUGAUAACAAUGAAAAACGAAUCUACAACAUAACUAAUUGAAUCGAAUUGAAUUACAAAACCUUAA